GCCUGUUGAACACACGUCCGUGCCGUUGCGUCUCGCGCGCGCGCCAACUGCGAUUCAAGAGUGUCUGUUUCAUUUUUUUUUCCUUCUUCUUCUUUUGGUGUGUUCUGGUGCGGAGCGCCUAUUGCGGUUUUAAAUAGCGGUGUCCCCUCUGACGGUGCGGCAUUUUUUUUUUAUCAUUUACAGAAAUAGCCGGCGUUCGUUGUCAACAAUGGCCGUAGCUAGUCCGUAGUUUAUGUGCGUCCCGUGUUCCGUUGUUACGUCGCCGAUUGUCACCCCCCAAGUCGUUGUCUCCGCUGCCGUCGUUCGUCGCCACAAGUUGUAGGAUAACCUGUUGUACUUUCUGUUUGUCCGUCGUGUAUGUGUGCGGUGCGGGCAUAAUUCGCAGCAGUUCGUCGCGUCGCGCAUUUCUCCCGUCCGCGAUUCUGUUUUGAUCGACCAUUUCGCCGGAGGUGCAAUACCGUUCCGCUGCGCUGUCGUCGCGGGGUAGUCGUCGCUCGACAACGUGCCCCGACCUUUCGCUUCACUUGUUUUCUGGAAGUGCAAAAAAAAAAAAAAUUCAACGCGAUGGCGAAACCGUAGGCAGUUCUGUACUAACGACUCACUCUCGGCAGCCGAAGAAGAUUUCUGUACAGUGUGGUGUAACCGUGUCAAUCGUAGAUGUGUGUCCAUCGAAGUGUGCGCCGCCAAAAUGUCGAAAUAAUCUACGUACGACCCAGUGUGCCUUGGCUGUGAUCGCGCUGAACGAUCUGCGUGCUUUCGGGUGCAGCUAUAGUAAGAAAAUACGCAAAUUCCAAACCACUGUGAUUGAUACUAGUCAAAAUAGGUGCCAAAGUGAAACUUAGGGGGGGGGGGGACAACAGCGUCUAACAAGUGCAUUGGUGUUGUCAUAGCAAUACCGAUGCCUGCUCGUAUCGUGUGCAUAUGCAGUGCGGAAUAAUUUUCGAAUUAGGUGCAUUACUACGCCGCGAGUGCGUCCUGAGCCGCACCACGGAGACGGGUCGACCGAAAUCCAGCAAAGUGGAAGCUAAACGGACAAUGAGACCAAACAGAACGCUGAUCAUAAGAAAGUUCAAGCGCAACCGUAUCAGAACAGUUCAACACAGGCCUACUUCGGCAAUCGGGCUCGAUCUAGUAGUGGUUCGAAAGUAUCUACUUCGCAAAGUCCCGUAGAACAAAAAUAUCUUGUGUGUGUCAAUUUUCUCAGUGUGCUUUUUCCGUUGGUUUGGAUUACCGUGCUCACACCAUUAUGAGCUACCUUGGCGACUGCAGCAGCAGCAGCACCAGCAGCCAGCAUCAACAAUCCGCUGGAGAUGGUAAAGAAGACAACCAACUACCGCUGCAACCGUCUCCCUCGCCAACGCAUCCACAGCAACCAGCGCAACAGCUUCUGCCGCAGCAAUCGCAGCAAUCACCCCAGAAUCAUCAACUGCAAAACCGCCUACUGCAGAGCUCGCAGUGGAGCAAAAGCUACGACUCGGUCAUCAACUAUUGGAACACUACGGGGACGUCGGCUGCGGUGGCCGCGACCGCCGGUUACCAGCAGAACUACGCCGGCGGCUACAGUACCCCCCGCCAAUCGUUCCCCCCGACACCGUACUAUUACGACCGGCUGGUGACAUCGCCACUUUCGGCGUCCUCGACGUCCCCCGGUAGCCCGCCUCCGAGGACACAACAGCCCGCCGUCGCCGCUUCUGCCAUGGAAACCGGUCCUCCUCCGCUCCAGCACCAGCCCGAACAGCGAUAUGCCGCCUCCGGUGAAGCAACGGCAACGGCGGCGGCCCGAUCACCAUCCGCGAAACUAUCUCUCAGUCCCAGUUCGACCAUCACAUCCAAACUACACCGCAAAGUAUUACGGAUACCGUCGAAGCGCAUUCCGGGCCGAGUCCACUCGGGAAAGCUCGCAUCCGUGGCCGGUAAGCUGACCGCCACCAAGCAGCAUCUCCGGCAGCAACAGCACCACCAACUUCAGCAACAUUCCCAGUUCGGGUUGCAACCGGCACCGCCGCAGCAUCCCCCAACGGCAGCCACCAGCGGUGAUAACUCCAACGAUUCCGGCCUUGGCUUUGACCGGGGCAUCGACAGCACCAGUCACCACCAUCACCAGCAGCAGCAGCAACAGUCAGCGACGACGACGACGACCACCUCGAGUGGUUCGCUUGGCAGUGCAGCAGGUCGGCCGAUCCAUCACAGCAGCAGCAGCAGCAGCUCCGGUGGCCCACUUGUCGCCGAAGAUGGGAACGUCGUCAUUCUCGAAGCAGGCGGCGAAUCGUUCGUCAUCGUUACCAGCAACGAUCCCAGUAGCCCUACAAAAUCCGUUGCCCGUAGCAGCAGUUCCGCGAGCAUCGGUUCCCUCAAACGGUCCCACCUGGCGCUGGAGCAGCCUAGUGCCGCCGGAUCAUCCGCCGGUGGCGGCGGACCCAGCAGCACCGCAGUUCUCCGCUCGCUGAACAUUCCGCGGAAAAUCAUCAUUCCGGUUGACACGAAGAUACCCUGCCUAUCGACCCUUGCCAUUGCACCACCCCCGUCAUUAUCAUCCCCAUCGGCAUCAACCGCCCCACCUUCCUCAUCCAUUGCGACUAAUAACAGUGCGUCACUGAUCGGCGUCAAACCAACAACAACAACAACAACGGUGAGGCGUCCAUUAUCAGCAGCACCUACAUCGUCAUCAUCAUCAACAUCAUCAUCAACAUCGUCUUCGUCGUCGUCAGCAAAAAGUUUGCCGGGCAAGAAAGUGAUUCUAACGCAUAGGGUGGCGGGGGCCGACGCCGCACGGACAACGGCCGCGAAGGUAAUGUCCUCGUCGCUAGCGCGCCCAUCCAGCACCACCGGUCGACUACCGGGCAAGCGACCGCCACUGCUUCAUUCGGCCCUGACCGGCACGGCCGGAACCUCGUCUUCCGGGGCCUACAGCAGCCUGGCGUCGUCCGAUGUCAUCACCACCGGACAGUCGCAGCUUCCCUGCGCGACGCAGGACGGCAAAAUUCAGCUGCAGAUCCUGACCCAACCGGAACAGCAGCACCGCGCCCGCUACCAAACGGAGGGUUCGCGGGGUGCCGUCAAGGAUCGCAGCGGCAACGGAUUCCCGGUGGUCCGGCUCGUCGGUUACGGGAAGCCGGCCGUCCUGCAGGUCUUCAUCGGCACCGACAUGGGCCGAGUGUUGCCGCACAUGUUCUACCAGGCGUGCAAGGUCUCCGGCAAGAACUCGACGCCCUGCGUGGAGCGGAAGCUCGAGGGUACCAUGGUCAUCGAGGUGGACAUGAAGCCGGAAAACGAGAUGACGGUGACCUGCGACUGCGUCGGCAUCCUGAAGGAACGCAACGUCGACGUGGAGCACCGCUUCCCGGACCAGAGCGGGCCGCGGGCCAAGAAGAAGUCCACCCGCUGCCGGAUGGUGUUCCGGACGGCGGUGACCAACGAGGACGGGUCGAUCGAGAUGCUGCAGGUGUGCUCCCAGCCGAUCGUGUGCACUCAACCGCCGGGCGUUCCGGAAAUCAGCAAAAAGUCUCUAGUCUCCUGCCCCGCCGAAGGCGGUCUUGAACUGUUCAUCAUCGGCAAAAACUUCCUGAAGGACACCAAGGUGGUGUUCCAGCGGCGGAAGGCCCCCUCCGCCAAAACGACGUCCACCAGUGUCAUACCGUGGGAGCAGGCCGUCAUCCCGGACAAGGAAUAUCUUCAGCAGACGCACCUGAUUUGCACCGUUCCGCCGUACGUCGCCCCGGACAUCGUGGAACCGGUAGCAGUACAAAUUUUCAUCACUUCCGCCGGCAAGAAGAGCGAAACGCACAACUUCACCUACACCCCCAAGGGACAGCACACGGCGCUGACGGCUGCGACAACGUUGGGAUCCCCGAUUCCGGUGGCCGGCAGCAGCAGCAGCAGCAGUUCCUUUUUCGGAUCACUGUCGUCGACGGCCCCGGCCGCCGCCGCCGCCGCCGCCAUUACCCUACAGGAAGCCCUGGUGGGAGAAGUGGCCGCAGCCAGCGUCAUCGGCGUCGGAGGAGGCCUUCCGGGCGGUAGCAGUGGAAAUUUGACGCUCGGAUCAGCAUCCGGAAGCUCGGUAGGAGGAGGCGGCAACACUGGCACUGCCGCAAGCUUCCAUCCCCUAAAUUCUAGCUUUAGUAGCCAGUCCAGCGAAGGUGAUGCGAGACACAACCACACCCAAACGGCCCAACCCAGGAGAAGACUAUUGGUGCGCCCGAUACCGGUGCCAUGCCCGUGUGGUGCCGUGAUGUUUCACCCUUCAGGAACGAGACUGUUCGCUUCGUGUCCAUGCCCAAAGGCCCAAACGCUAGAGCACCGGAUUCCGCAUGUAGAUCCCUCGUCCAUCGGCGAUAUGUCUGCUGUGCGAAGGUCGUUGUUUUUCUGGGGUUCGCAGCAACAGCAACAACAGCAGGCACAAGCUGUCCAGGAUAAGCUGGAUACAGGUAUGAUGCCUCCGCCGGUUCACAUGUUGCCGCUUCCGGGCACUCCCAGUAGUACGGGUCGUAGAUCUUCGCUGCUAGCCGAUCAAUUUGGCAUGUCAUCUCCACCUAGUUUCAAAACCGAACUGAUCGACGAAAGCAGUCGAAGUCCCUUGAAUGACGACUCGCUCGACAGAUUUCCGGCGACGAGCGAAAGCUCCUUGGAUAAUAGUCAGAUAAUGUACCGAAGGCGUAGCGUUCGGCAACCGAGUAUGGACCUGAUGGAAGAUAGUUCCAGUAUGUCCAUGCUGGUGAACGAGAACAGUGCAAUGGAUGUAGGAAGUGUGCCUAGCACGAUUGUCGGUUUCCGAAGUGGACUGACGUCCAUGAUGGAUACGAACGAGGUGAGCAACUCAUCGACGUCUCCGUCGGCUUCCGAACUAAAGGUCAUCGACCUGUGCAUCAAACAGGAAGCCCACAAGCUUUCGUCCGUGAGGAAUCAAAUCGAACAUAUGAUAGUUGCUUCAAAUAGCUCACUAGACACUCUCAACCAAGUCGACGGUAUGAAGUCUUCGUACAAAGUGGAAGAGAUGCUAGGUGCCGCCGCUGUUCAACAGUCUGGCACACAAGUGAUAGAAUCAACCCUGGCAAGUAUUGUCAACAGUCAGCAAGCUGCGGCUGCCAUCAUGGAACUAGGUUCAGCAAUGGCGCAUCCCAGUAGUAAUCCAGCAAUGGCAACUUCGCCGCCUAUGAUACAAACUGAUAUUGUAAGCCCUGGCAAUGCCACCAAUCCGACACCUGCAUCGCAGGAUGUAAUGCUGAAUGCUCAACCUGCUGCUAUGGCUGUCACCUCGCCUGUUAAUCUUGCUCUAGCAACGAGUCCGACAUCCACCGACGCUAGUCCGCAUCCGCAUGCUGCGAUGUCACCGGAGCUCAUCCUAAAUCCAACCGUGUCACCGUCUACAAUGAUCUGUUCGCCAGUAAACGCAACUGCUGCCGCAACUGCAGCAGCUGCCGUUGCCGCUGCAGCAGCCGUCUCCGAAGGCAAAAAUAUGCUAACGAACCAAGUUCUCAACAAUAUGGCUGCCGUUGCCGCCAACAUUAUCGAAGCCCAACCGAAACAAACCACUCAAGCCGUGCAGGACAUUAUCCUUAACGCGGCAGCCGAGAUUCUAACCUCUCAGGAACCAUCGGUCACGACCCAGACAACAAUCAAUGCAUUGAUCACGAUGAAUGCGCAGGAAAUGAUGACAACUUCUUGUCAACCUCAAACUCACACCCAACACAACCUUCUACCUCAGUGCCAACCGACUCCGAUGGUUUCGGACACAAUGGCGAAUGCGUUACAACAACAACAACAGCAGCAGCAACAGCAACAAAUUGUGCAAAACAUUAUAGCGGAAAGCCUUCAACAACAGCAACAACAAAACGAAUCUCUAAUGGCAAACUUGGCUGCAGCUCAACAAGAACAGCAGCAACAACAACAACAACAACAACAACAGCAACAGCAUAAUCAACCCCAACAUCCCCCACCGGAACAAAUGGACAUCGGCAGUGCAAUCAUACCGUACACCGUACAACAACCACCUCAGCAACCUAUGGACACCACGGGUCCCCUUUUGUCAAUGAUUCAUCACCAACCCCAACAGCAGCAGCAGCAUCAACAACAACAACAGUCACCACAGAUGAUUUCAAAUGUCAUUAUGCAACAGCAACAACAACAGCAAUCACAACCGAGUCAACAGCUACAACAGCAACAGCAGCAGCAGCAGCAACAACAGCAAGCAACCUUGCAACAGCACCAGCAACAGCCAGGGCAACAGCAACCACCGUCCAACAUACCGCAGGAGUUGACCAUCAUGUCGGACAACGAUCUCAUUAGCUACAUCAACCCGAACGCGUUCGAUGGAGUAUAGUCGGUAUGGGACCUGGCUUAGACGACACGGUCGUCCUGAAGUAGGCGCCGACAGAGUGACCGGUCGCCAAGUGGCAACGGGGGACGAUCAGAGCUUGCCUCGAUGAAGCCCCGUUCGGGGCUGGGUUCCCGCAUUUCGGCAGUCAACCAAUGUGGAUCGAGCUGGCCGUUGUGGAAAACUAACCGACACUAGUUGUCAUGGGAUCCGUGCCAAAUGAAGUCGUCGAACAUUGUCGCCGGUAGAGGGACGGGAUUGGUAAGUAAAAAACGAGUUUUAGAAGUUAUGAAAUAAGAUAAAAUUAUGGACAAGGGCCAAAUUCGAGAUUCUUGGUUGCGUAACGACACGAAUGGAACAAAGAUAGGUACAUAAAUACAAGAUGGAACCUCUGUUAUUGUUGUAGAGCCCGUUUUAGGUUUUGCAUCCGGAAAAUACAUAUAUUUGUUGAAUCAACAUUAUCAGCCAAAUCGAAACACUAAAACAACGAAGAUGCUCCUAGUACUACUACUAAAUAAUACUAAUGACCUUUAGCAAAAUGUGAUAAAGUUAUAUUAAAUAAAAAAAAAAUAUUUGGAAGAUUUGGUUUCUGGAAAUCAGGAAAGCAUUUCUCUCAGUGUUUUGCCGGAAGUAAAAGAUUACACCUUCUAGGGUCAACAAAAUGGUUCACCAAUCGGAACUGUCGUCGUCCGUCAUUUGUAGUGUAUAGGCUUAAAUCAGAAGACGUUUAAAAUCAGCUGAUUUUGGGGGCCUUUGACAGUUCUCCUAUGGAAAUGACAGCUCAGCAAAGAGAUACACCACGGUGUGUUGAAACAGGAUUAUUAUCGCACUUUCAUGAACCUUAAAUAUUUUUUCGUUAUAAGUUAGCCUUAGCUGUAUAUAUUAAGAUUCUGGAGGUUAAAAAAUCAUUCAUCGGGGAAAAUUAAAAUAAAUUCGAUUUUAGUAGUUUACCACUUUUCCCAUAUGAUAUGGUAUUACGCAAAUCUGAUGAACCUAAACUCCGCUAGAAAAAGUCCCCUUUUAAUAAUAAAUUUGAAACCAUUUAGAGAGAAACGAAUGUAAAAGUCUUUACAAUGAGUUUAAAUUUGUUUGGCGUUCGUUUCAUUUGUCCAGCCCACUACAGUCUGCCGAGUCAUAAAUCAUAAAAGUCUACAUUUCUUCCAUUUGUCUGGCACAUAGAUAUUUGUAAUGGAGGUAAACAAAUAUUUUCCAUUAGUGCGACUCAUACAUUUGAGGAAACGCCAUACACCUGUGAGCUAAGAGUCAGGGAUGGGAUCAUUUAUUUGCAAAGAGUUUUACAUUCACUUGAUACUAUCUCAAUUCAGAAGCAUUCUAUCAAAAAACAAUGUAGGGUUUCAAACUACUUCGGCACCCGCGUCAAUUUCCGGCAUCUCACAGCAAAACAAAUCAAAAUAUCACUUGCCGCAUAUUUUCCAAACGCCCUUCCGUAGGUAAUCGUCUCCCGCAACCUUUUCGCAACGGAAUCCACAGUCAAUGAGCUACACUUUCACUCUGAAGCCGCACAAGUGCUUAAAACAAAUAUUACUCGCAGACGGUUGCACUUCGGCAGCCCAAAGGUAGGUGCCGAAGUGAUUUCCCAUUUGAUUUUGCUGGAAGUUCGGCACUGGUGCCGAGAAUUGGUGCUGGACUAGGUGCAGUAAACUCGUUCAAAAUCAACUUUCCGGCAGAAAAUCUUCACAACAAUCACUGUUAACAACAAGUUCAAUCAAUAAGGUAUCUGAUUCAGGCGGAAGAAGUGGUUGAAAACAGUCGUUUCGUUGUGAAUUUAGGUUAAAAAUAAUUUUGUUUACAUGUUGUGCCGGGAAUAGGGCAAAAAACCCUAUGGAUGAAUUGAACCUUCUAGUUUUAUCUGAUAGUUUUCCGAAUAGCAUUAGGGUCGGACACGCAUACCAAAUUCGUGAACGAGCUGUAAAGGCAACUCUCCACGCGGUGAAUGUAAAUUACAUUCACGCCAUGGAGAGUUGCGUUUGCUGCCUUCUGUUGACUUUAUUAUUGACGCUACGCUAGUACAAUGUUCUACAAAGUUUCAGGUAAAACAAAAAUCAAAAAGUGCUCCAUACGACGUCUCUGAAGUAAGUUAUUCGCAAGUGAAUGUCAAUGAUUGCAAAUGAAUGAUCCCAUCCUUGCUCGUAGCAUUUGCAGCACAUACCCAGGGCCGGAUCUAAGGGGGGGCCAGGGGGGCACAUUUUAGGGGCCCCCACACAAACAUUUUUUGGUUGCUAACAUUAACUUUAUUUUUCAAAUUGCUCAAGUACUGUUCGACAAUAAGGAAAAACAUUUUUGGUCAUCUCUCCGAGGGGCCUCCACAUCCGCUCGGGCCCCGGGCCCCCACAAUCCUUAAUCCGGGCCUGCACAUACCCUUCAUGUGCUAAUUUGUCUGAAAUGGCGGUUAUUUGUUGCACAUACUUUGCAUGUCAAACCACAUCCACAUGGAUAUUUGCCAAAAAGUAUGAGUCGACUAUACUGAGAGAGCAUGACUCAUUUGUAAAAGUU